AUGGAAGUGUUGACUAAUGGCAGGACCACUCCAAGUGCUUCUUCCUCCGCUAUUCUUGUCCUAGAGUGGAGUCUAGAAAGCUUUCUCCAACAUCAUCCAGCCCGAUUCACUGGAAAAUGUAGCCUUGACGAAGCUGAUCAUUGGUUUAGGGACAUGGAAAGAAUCUAUGAGGCUAAGGGGUGUCCUGACGAGAGGAAACUAGCCUACACCCAGUAUCUAUUGACCGGGGAAGCUGGCCACUGGUGGAGCAGCAUGAGGAUGAUUUUGGAAAGGAGUGAGACUCCUAUUACUUGGGAGCUAUUUAGGGUCAAGUUCUACACUGAGUAUUUCCCUAAUAGUGUCAGAUUUGCCAAAGAAGUGGAAUUUCUGGAGCUGGUACAGGGCAACAAAACAGUAUCAGAAUAUGCUGAUCGUUUCAAACAUCUGCUCCGCUUCAACACUAUGGCGGUAGAUGAAGAGUGGCAAUGCAGGAAAUUCGAAAACGGCUUGAGAGGUGAUAUCAAGCUACUUGUGAAGGGGUUACGCAUCAGAGAGUUUUCUGCUCUGGUGGAGAUGGCUCGUGACAUGGAGAAGACUAAGAAGGAAUCUGAGGGACCUCAGAAACAACAGAGCCAACCACUAAGGGUUGGUGGACCUAUGAUAUCCAGGGGAGGCUCCAUUUCUAGGAGUACCCCUUUCUCUAGACCUACUUCCUCUAGGUCUAGGGGUUCUUCCUCUCAGUUAUCGGGGCAACCCAACUUUGCCAAUCCCGUGAGAUGCUUCAAGUGUGGUGGACCACACCUCCAGGUUGUGUGCCCUCAGCUAGAAGGGUAUAGGAAGUGUAACAUCUGCAGGCAAGAGGGACAUUAUGCCAGAGACUGUCCUACUACUAUGAGGACAGGACCACAACCACACCAAGCUGGAAGAUCUAUCUAG